GUCUGUUGCCGCUGUGAGCUGCUCUCCUUCCUGAAAGACAGUACACUUGCAUUGGAGCCACGGAUGUUGCUGUGAAGAAGUCGAGACGUUGAAGCGGAAGAUUCCUGAGGAUCUUUUCAUCUUGUCUUGUGCACCCCCACAUGGCAGUAAACCACUGACUUGAAGAUUAAACUAAGUACAUUCAGCUCCAGAACAUUGCCCUCGUAGAUGCCACUCAGUCUCCGUCUUUGCAAAUGGCUUGCUGCUUAAAGGACGAGCUCCUCUGUUCCAUCUGCCUCAGCAUCUACCAGGACCCCGUCAGUUUCGGCUGCGAGCACUACUUCUGCAGGAAGUGCAUCACUGAGCACUGGAGCAGGCAGGAGCUCCACGGAACAAGGGACUGUCCUGAGUGCCGGAGGACCUUCGCCGAUCCUCAUCUCUCGCCCAGCCUCAAGUUGUCCAACAUUGUGGAGCGCUACUCAGCCUUCCCGCUGGACGCCAUCCUCAACGCUCAGAGGAGCUCAUACCCCUGCAAGGACCACGAGAAGGUCAAGCUCUUCUGCCUCACCGACAAAAGCCUGGUGUGCUUUUUCUGCGACGAGCCAGCGCUACACGAGCAGCACCAAGUCACCACUAUUGACGAGGCUUUUGAGGAGAUACAGAGGGAGAUGAAGGAGCAGCUGGCCACCCUGCAGGACAGUGAGAAGGGACACACUGAGGCCCUGCAGCUCCUGCAAAGACAACUCACUGAGACCAAG